AACUGAGUGACAGCCAUGACGGACAGCGAGAACGACAGCGAGAAGGAGGCCGACGGGAUGCGCCUGUCGUGGCCCAGCGUGUACCUGCCGGGGGCGCCCAGCCUCCUGAAGGACACCAAGGACGGCUCCUCCCCGGAGGGCCAGAGUCCCAAGAGCCAGGCGCGGGGCGCGGCCGGCGGCACUCCCGUGCCCGCCAAGAGGACCCUGGUGGCGCACGCCGGGCACGCCGGGCAGGCGGUGGAGAGCACGGCCUUCCCCGAGACGGACCGCGGGCCGCCGACGCCCGCCCGGCGCAAGCGCCUCCCCGCGACCACCGCGUCGACCGCGGCCACCGCGAACGUCGCCGAUGAGCCUUCCUACGUGUCCGAGGCAAGGCAGUGGCUCAUGGAGACGGACAUCGACGUGCAGUGGCGGCGCCUGUGGCGACCCGCUCCUCUGGAGACGGACCUGGACGCCGUGCUGGCCGGGCCGCCGCCGCCGCCGCGGUCCAACACGCUGCCUCCGCCAUCGCGCAGACCCAUGCAGGUCUUCCUGGAGACGGACCUGGACAAGGAGAUCAGCCCCGCGGCGGCGGCGCGGGCCGCGGACCUCGCCAAGCGUACGUGCUCGUCGAAGGAGACGGACAUCGACAUGGCGCCGACGCCCAGCCCCAGCCCGCGCCGCUUCCGCACGCUGCCCCGCACCAUGCACGCCACGCACAUGCAGCGCUUCGAGACGGACGUGGACGAGGCCAUGGGCUUCGUGAGGGCGUCCAGGCCGACCAGGCCCAGCCCGCUCGAGUCCUCGUUCGACACGGUGUGCUCCGACGCGCCCACGCCCCCGCGCCGCACGGUGGCCGGCACGCUGCCCAGGGGCAGCUCCACGGAGAGGACCUUCACGGAGACGGACCUGGACGAAGACACCACCGCCCCCGCUCGGCCCGCCCCGCCCCGCGUCCCCGCCGCCCUGCCGCCCCGCCCCGCCAGGCCGGAGAUCAUCCUGCGGCCCCCGCCGGCGCCGCGCUCCAGCGACCACCUGGUGGCGCCCGGGGGCGGCAUUCCCGGGGGCGGCAGCAACGUCAACCUGGGCCUGCUCAACAUCGGCCACGUCUCCUACCACAUGGGCAGCGGCACCAUGAGCGGCAUGGGCAGCGGCCUGGGAAGCGGACCGGGAAGCCGGCUUGGAAGCGGACUCGGGAGCGGACUCGCCCUAGGCGCCAGUGCCAGCGCUCUCGGCAGCGGCAUGGGGCUGGCCAACGGAGGCGUCUUCACCGUGGACAGCAACCGGGACACCAGCAUGCUGGGGGACUCGGACGUGGACGAGUCGGAGCUGCGGAGAGUGCUGCUCAACGACAAAUGGAGGCAGCUUUUCGACAAGUACGAUCCGGAGGGCUUCGGCGAGAUCCCCUGGGAGGACUUCGAGCUGGUGCUGCGCGACCCCGAGUUCUGCAACCAGGUGCCGGCCAACAAGCAGCUCAUCCUGGCCGAGAAGGCCGCCGAACGGAAGACGACGGCCAUCACCUUCCAGGACUUCGUGAACGUGAUGAGCGGCAAGCGCUCGCGCUCCUUCAAGUGCGCCGUGCACCACCGCGACCGGGAAGUCUGCAGCGAGAACGACUUCCACCUCGUCGACCCCGACCCGCCGCUGCGCAGGAUGGUGCGGAUCAUUGCUGAUGAGUUCCUGUCUGAGGAACGCGACCGCAAGCUUUAUGCCGACCAAUACACAUGCUGUCCGCCCCCACUCUUCAUCUUGUGCAUCACGCUCAUUGAGCUGGCCUUCUUCACGUACUACUGGGUGGCUAUGGGCGAGGUGAGCCCCUCAGGGCCGGUACCGAUAGACAGCGUCUUCAUCUACCGUCCCGACAAGAGACAAGAGAUCUGGAGGUUUAUUUUCUACAUGGUGCUGCACGCAGGAUGGCUGCAUUUGCUGUUCAACCUGCUGGUGCAGCUGCUGGUGGGGCUGCCGCUGGAGAUGGUGCACGGCUCCACGAGGAUCGGGGCAGUCUACAUGGCCGGCGUGCUGGCGGGCUCCCUGGGGACGUCCGUCUUCGACACCGACGUGUACCUGGUCGGCGCGUCGGGCGGUGUGUACGCCCUGCUGGCGGCGCACCUCGCUAACGUCUUGCUGAAUUACAACAACAUGGAGUUCGGCAUCGUCCGCAUCAUCGGCAUCUUCGUCGUCGCGAGCUUCGACGUGGGCUUCGCCAUCUACGGCCGCUACGCCGCGGAGACCCUGGCGAUGGCCCCCCUGGGCCCCGGGCUCGGCCUGGGCCUCAGCCCGGGGGAAGCCCUGGUCGGCAGCGGCGGCCUCGUCGGGGACGUGGUGGAGGCCGUGGGCGUCGGCGGCCCCCUCGUGGGCCCCGUGCUCGUCAGCAGGCCGGUGUCGUACGUGGCACACCUGGCCGGCGCCCUGGCGGGCCUCACCAUCGGCCUGCUCGUCCUCAAGAACUUCGAGCAGAAGCUGCACGAGCAGCUGCUGUGGUGGGUGUCGCUGGGCGUGUACGCGGCCUGCACCAUGUUCGCCGUGCUCUUCAACGUGAUGAACGGGGCGCAGCCCAGCUUCACGCUGCCGCACGCCUAGCCUGCCUAGCCCAGCCUCUCGUCUACACAUUUAGCUUUAACUUGACUACAUUGUGAAAACACGGCCUGUAAAAAACAAGUGCAUGUAUGUUUGCAUUUCAUUGUAAGGUUUUGGCUACGACUUAGAGUUUAUGUUUUUGAAGCAAUUUUAAAUUUUCUAUUCUUCUUUUUACUUACAACUGUGACGUCAGGCUGACCUAUGAAAGAUGUAAUUAUAGUUAUAAUUAGUAGGAGAAAGGAGAAAUAUUUGUAUGAAUUAAAAAGAUUCUAAGACUGACUGUAGAUGAGCAGUAAAAUGUAGUGUAGGUAUUACUGGAAAAUGACCACUUUCAAGUUCCUCUAUCUUCAACCUUCUCAUUUGAAGGUUUAUCGUUUCAAGGAACUGCCUUUUCCUUUAUUACUUUUGUUUGAAAAUGUUUUUUUUUGUUUUUUUUUGUGUUUAUAAUGCCUUAGAACUAACACUGCUGCCUUAGAUAGGAAGUGACAGCUGUUCUAAGAAGUAGCAGAAAACAUUAAGACAAUGUGUGCUUUUUCACCUGUCUUGUUCAGCCAGAUUAUUGUUGUACAUUGAGGAUUGUUUGUGCAAUCUAGUCAGCCAACCAAUAAUAGUUUCCACUGAACAGCAUCAUCUUUGUAAAGUACAUUCAUAAUUCUAUCGUUUUCAAAUGACAUUUCUUAACACAAGAAUUAUGUGUGAAGCUUCAGAGCCUUAUCAGGAUGUGCAUUUACAUAUAAUUUUCAAUGCUUACUGGUGUUGUGUGUUGUGUUUGUUCAAUAUUUGGUCUUACGUGAUGGAAAUUUAAAGUGUGUGUUAGCUUAGCUCUCUUUUGUUUUGUUCUGUAAGGUUGUGUUGUUGGGUUGUGUUGUAAAUAUGUUAUUUUUCAGUGUAUUCUGCAAUUUGUAGAGGGUUUAUUAAGACUUAACAUUCAGCUUUCGUACCAAAGAGUUUGGUAGCGUUCGCCGUGAAAUCAUAGUCCACUUGUGGAACACUUUGUUCACAGUUAAAGUCAUGUUGCUAUUUGUUCUCUCUGUCCCUUUCUUUUUGUCGACCAUUUUCUUUUACUCUAAUUUGGUUUAAAAAUCAAUGACUGCAAGUUAGUGGCAACUAGAUAUUAAUAUUUUCUCAGAAAAUAAAUAUUUAUGUACUGUUUUGUAAGUUUUUUUUUGUUUGCAGUCUCUAACUUUGACAAUAAUAGUUAUGGUACUUGAUGCACACUUCCAGCAUUCUCUCCUCAAUGUCAAGUUGAAUUCAAUGCAGUGAAAAUGUAAAUUUUGUAUUGCUAGUUUCUUUGGAACUGCAAUCCAAUAUUGAGGUGAAUGAUUUUGUUUAACUUGUACUUUUGAUUUUCAAAGUAUAGUUACUCUAGUUUUGUGUUUGUUUACUUUUUCUUCUAAAAAUAUUAUGUUUUUGGCAGUUAGGUAUGAAAAAAAAAUUGUAGCUGAAAAAGGACGGCUCUUCAAUUUUAACUAAUGAAUGUAACUAUCUGAUAGUUGUUUUCCUCUUGUAAUUUUGUUUUCUGCAAACUGCCAUAAAUUUGGGAGUGUGUCCCUGAAGGUAUUCUUGCUCUGUAUUACAUAUUUUGUAUUUUUUGAAGCAAAUAUAUAUUUAAUUAUGACACCUUA